AUGGAUAGCAUUGAAUGCAUAUCAUACUCGGAUGGAAACGAUGAGGAUGAGAUCCAGCCCCAUCGUCAUCAGCAUCAAGCUCCUGGUCCGUUUUCAUCUUCCAAGCCUCACAGCAAUGUUGUCUCUUCGGCGGGGAUUCGUCCCACGACAAGUGUCCAUGAGCUUCUCGAAUGCCCAGUCUGUACAAAUUCAAUGUACCCUCCUAUACAUCAGUGCCACAAUGGGCAUACUUUGUGUUCCACCUGUAAAACAAGAGUGCAAAACCGGUGUCCCACUUGUAGACAGGAGCUUGGUGAUAUAAGGUGUCUAGCAUUAGAAAAGGUGGCUGAAUCACUGGAACUACCUUGCAAGUAUUGCUCACUUGGAUGCUCUGAGAUCUUUCCCUACUACAGCAAGCUCAAACAUGAGGCCAUAUGUAACUUUAGGCCAUACAAUUGCCCAUAUGCUGGAUCAGAGUGCUCAGUUGUUGGGGAUAUUCCAUACCUGGUUUCUCAUCUUAGGGAUGAUCACAAGGUAGACAUGCACUCUGGAUGCACAUUCAAUCAUCGCUAUGUCAAGUCUAAUCCACGUGAAGUAGAAAAUGCCACAUGGAUGCUAACUGUCUUCCAUUGUUUUGGUCAGUCCUUCUGUCUACAUUUUGAAGCUUUUCAGCUUGGCAUGGCUCCUGUUUAUAUGGCAUUUCUUCGAUUUAUGGGCGACGAGGCAGAGGCCCGAAAUUAUAGCUACAGCUUGGAAGUUGGGGGAAAUGGCCGGAAACUCAUUUUUGAGGGUACCCCGCGAAGCAUAAGAGAUAGUCACAGGAAAGUUAGGGAUAGCCAUGAUGGCCUCAUUAUACAACGUAACAUGGCCCUUUUCUUCUCUGGUGGAGACACGAAGGAGCUGAAGUUGCGGGUUACAGGACGGAUAUGGAAAGAACAACAAAACCCAGAUGGCGGAGCAUGCAUACCGAACCUCUGUAAUUAAGGCUAUUUGGGUGUCGCUUGCUUUCUUUCUUUCUUUCUUUUUUCCCCCUUUGUUGUUUGUGCUUAAUUUUAAGCUAAUUUUAGUAGUGGACUGAGACGUUGAGAGGUCUUGAAAUAUGUACAAGUUCUUGAUUGCCAAUUUGAAGGUGAAUAUCAUUGUCAUUUAUUUUUGAAUAAGAAGUAUCUUCCUCUC